AUGAUGAAGGAAAAGGGUAAGAAGGGCUUGAUAGUCAAAACCUGGGAGCGAUGCAAAUCAAUAGGCCGUGGCCGCAACAUGACUACUACUACUACUAUGGUGCCUGCUCUGACAAUCAAGAGCAGGUCCUGCCCACAUAUCAACCUCGGGGUCCCCGAAAGGGAAGAGAAGCGCACCAGCAGGCGCCAAGUGGCUCCCGAGGGCUGCUUCUCCGUCUACGUGGGACCCCAAAAGCAAAGGUUCGUGGUGAAAACCGAAUAUGCAAACCAUCCUCUCUUCAAGAUGCUACUUGAAGAAGCUGAGUCGGAAUUCGGGUACGACAGCCAAGGUCCACUUGUGCUGCCUUGUAACGUUGAAGUGUUCUACAAGGUGCUGAUGGAAAUGGACGAUUGUGGUAACCCAAAGGUUCCUCAAGGGUGUGGCUUGGCUAAGCGUUAUGGCUCUUACCAUCUUCUUAGCCCGUCUCGGAUGGUUGCUAUAAAUCAGUUCUGA